AAAAGAGUUUGAGCGCUGGAAGGGGCUGGGCUCUACUGGGGGCCACUUAGCGCUGCUCCAGGACUGAGGCUUGGUGCGGGAGCCUGACGGGGGCGUCUGGACGGCGGGGGCUAGAGACUUCCAGGGCCGAGGCGGGAGGGUGAGGGCAGAGAUCCCGCAGCCCCCCGCCCCCCGUCACCCCCGGAGAGGAGAAGAGAUCUGCUUUCUUGGUUUUUCUUCUCUUUCCCCCCACCCCCACCCCGGGGGCUGGGGCGAGGGGAGUCAGGUUACAGGGUGUUUGGGGAGGGGGGCUUGGGGGAGGGUCUAUCUUUCUAUCUCGCUUUCUUCCCCCCUCCCCAGUUCUUUGUUCCCCCCUCCCCACACACACCCCUCCUCUCCUCUCCCCUCCCCUCCUCUCUCCUCUUUUCCCUUCCACCACCUCUCUCUCUCUCCCUCUCUCUCUCUCCCCCAGCUUUUGUUUCGCCAUGCCUAGUCUAGUGGUAUCUGGAAUAAUGGAAAGAAAUGGGGGCUUUGGAGAACUAGGAUGUUUCGGGGGAAGCGCUAAGGACCGAGGGCUGCUGGAAGACGAGCGCGCCCUUCAGCUGGCUCUCGAUCAACUCUGCCUCCUGGGUUUGGGGGAGCCCCCCGCCCCCACGGCGGGCGAGGACGGGGGAGGUGGGGGGGGCGGCGCCCCCGCGCAGCCGGCCGCCCCCCCGCAGCCGGCCCCGCCGCCGCCGCCCGCGGCGCCCCCGGCAGCCCAGACGGCGGCCCCCGCGGCGCAGACGCCCCAGCCCCCCACCGCCCCCAAAGGGGCUAGCGACGCCAAGCUCUGCGCUCUGUACAAAGAGGCCGAGCUGCGCCUGAAGGGCAGCAGCAACACCACGGAGUGUGUACCCGUGCCCACCUCCGAGCACGUGGCCGAAAUCGUGGGCAGGCAAGGCUGCAAGAUUAAGGCUCUGAGGGCCAAGACCAACACAUACAUCAAGACACCAGUGCGGGGUGAGGAGCCAGUGUUCAUGGUGACAGGGCGGCGGGAGGACGUGGCCACAGCCCGGCGGGAAAUCAUCUCAGCAGCUGAGCAUUUCUCAAUGAUCCGCGCUUCACGAAACAAGUCAGGUGCUGCCUUUGGUGUGGCCCCUGCUUUGCCUGGUCAAGUGACCAUCCGUGUGCGGGUUCCUUACCGAGUGGUGGGACUGGUGGUGGGCCCCAAAGGGGCAACCAUCAAGCGCAUCCAGCAGCAGACCAACACGUACAUUAUCACACCAAGCCGUGACCGUGACCCGGUGUUUGAGAUCACAGGUGCCCCGGGCAACGUGGAGCGUGCGCGUGAGGAGAUCGAGACGCACAUCGCAGUGCGCACAGGCAAGAUCCUCGAGUACAACAAUGAAAAUGACUUCUUGGCUGGGAGCCCCGACGCCGCACUUGACAGCCGCUACUCUGAGGCCUGGCGGGUGCACCCGCCGGGCUGCAAGCCCCUCUCCACCUUCCGGCAGAACAGCCUGGGCUGCAUAGGCGAGUGCGGUGUGGACUCCGGCUUUGAGGCCCCACGUCUGGGAGAGCAGGGCGGGGAUUUCGGCUAUGGGGGGUACCUGUUUCCGGGCUACGGAGUGGGCAAGCAGGACAUGUACUACGGCGUGGCCGAGACCAGCCCCCCGCUGUGGGCGGGCCAGGAGAACGCUACGCCCACCUCUGUGCUGUUCUCCUCCACUUCCUCCUCCUCCUCCUCUUCCGCCAAAGCCCGAGCAGGGCCUCCCGGCGCGCACCGCUCUCCUGCAGCUUCUGCGGGGUCAGAGCUGGCCGGACUCCCUAGGCGCCCGCCAGGAGAGCCGCUCCAGGGCUUCUCUAAACUUGGGGGCGGCGGCCUGCGCAGCCCCGGCGGCGGGCGGGAUUGCAUGGUGUGCUUUGAGAGCGAAGUUACUGCAGCCCUGGUGCCCUGUGGACACAACCUGUUCUGCAUGGAGUGUGCAGUACGCAUCUGUGAGAGGACGGACCCAGAGUGUCCCGUCUGCCACAUCACAGCCACGCAAGCCAUCCGAAUAUUCUCCUAAGACCCCUGCCCCAUGCCUCCUAGGCCUGCACCCCAAGGGCCGGCCCUGGACCUGUUUUCCACAAGGGCCUUUUGGAAAUCAGUGAUUGGAGGGGCAAGGUGCUUAGAGAUACUCGCUCUCUGGGGAGAGGGCAAGGGAGGCUGUGGUGGCUGAGAAAUGGGCCAUUUUCAGAGCCUCUGGUCACCUUGUCCUGGAAAAAUUGGGAGGGGCCAGACUGAAAAUACUAGAGUUACAACUCUGAUACCUCAAUACACCCUUAAAUCUGGAAGCAGCUAAAAGAAACUUUUGUUUUGCCAGAGGUGGUCACUAAGGCAUCGUGACCCCCUCUGCCCACCUCCCAACCGUGUCUCACUCUACCCCAUCCUCUGUAGGGGGUAAGGCAAAGGGGGAGGGAAAAUUACCACCUGUAUCUAGAGGUGCUCUUUACAAUCCCCAAGCCCUCUGGUCCUGACCUCUGACCUCCUAACUUGACCCUUUGGCUCCUCUACCCCCAUGUCCUGUUUGGGAAACUGUUCCUGAUUUCCCACAGUAUAGGGGAGUUGGAGCUCUAUCAGAUACCUGUACAGAUCUUCUGGGGACGGGGUGGGGAGCACGAUGUUAUUGGAUAAAGGGCUCAGAAUUCAUCUGUCCCCACAAAGCUGGGCUGGAGGACUUUAGAGAGGGGUGCUUCUCUCUGUUCCCAUCAGCAUUUCCCUUCACUCCCUUCUCCCCAUCUCUCCUCCCUUCGGGAUUUCCUGAUUCCUUUGCUCUUUACUUUUCUUCCAGUUCUUUGCUUUGCUUUCCCUUGGUGGCUGUCACUCCCUACCCUGUCUUGCUGUUUCUUUUAGUCUUUCUUCCCUUCUCCCCCAUCACUCCUGCCUCUCCAGUCCAGCUUUGGGGACAUCAUCCCCCUGGGGAAAAGUAGGGGGAAGAACAUUUUGAUGGUCUCUCCCACUCCUCUUCAGGCAUCUGGAGGCCCUCUCCCCACUCCUCCAAAGAAACAUCUCAAAUUGUUAAUGGAAUGUAUCCCCAUUCUUAGUGAAAAUUUGAGGAGGAGGGGACUAAUACUGGGGUACAUAAAGGGUCAAACCCCCACCUUCAUCAUCUAUGGGCAUUAUAUUUAGGGAGCAGUUCUUGGGCUGGAUUUUCCGGUUGUAGAAGAAGGGGAACCAGGGUAGUGUGUCUGCUAUUUUAAGGAGCAGGAAAGGGCCUGAGGCAGGAGGAGAGAAUGGUGGAGGGAACAGCUGCUGCCCCACACCCUGCACCCCUCUUUGGACUUGACCCAAACCUUAAUUGAAUCCUUAUUAGUGUGCAAAUCAUGAAGUCUCUGUCCCACCUAUUAUGGUUGAGAAGAGGCCAGGUCUUCAGAGGGGUCAGCCCAGGGCAAAGCAGGACUGGGGCAUAGCAGGGCCUGUUUGAGAAUCACAUAUUGUUAUAGGCCUUGCACCUGCUUUGCUGCUUCCCUACUGCUUGCUCACUAGAGGCUGCCACCAGCCUCCCACCCUCCUGGUUCCGCUGGCCGGACCAGGAGAGAAUGGGGGAUGGGAGUCCUAGGGAGUCCCAGGAAAUCCUUGUAUAUAAUGGGGUGGGAUUGUUCUGAGUGAUUGUGCUCAGGAGUCCUUCCUGGAUGGAGAAGUGGUGCAGGGAUGGAGGUGCAGAGGGGAUUUACUCCUCUCCUUUCUCCUGCUAGUGAGUUAACUCACCUCUCCUCAGCCUUCCCCUCCAGACCACCAGCCAGGGAGGGGAGAGGAAGGAGAUCACAGCCAAGCAAACUGGCUUGUGACAACUUCCCUCCUUCCCACCAAUGUGAGCCAUCCUGAGAUGUCUGUACAAUAGGAACCAAACCAAAUGGGCACCCUUGGUGGGGAGGGGGGUGGGAAGAAAGGAUGUCUGUCUGUUGAUUCCCCCUCCCCCUCUCCACUCUUUACCCACAAAGGCGGAAGACUGUUAGCUAGGGGCUCAGCAAAUUCAAUCCCAUCCAUAACCAAUUGAGCCAAUCCUAGAAACAAACGCAAAACACACAUACUGAGAGAUAAAAUAGAGGAGAGAAAGAGAGCAUGAGAGGGAGCAAGACAGGCGACCAACACAGAGGAGAGAAAACAAAAAUAGCAAAAAAAAAGCAGUUCUUUAUAAUUUAAUAUUCUAUUUUAAUAAAGGCAUUUAUUACCGUAUAAAUGUAGCAAAGAACCUGGGCUAAUAUGAAAAAAAGACUUUUUAUUAGGUAAUUUAUUAUAUGAAAAGGAUAUUUUAUUUUAUGAUAAAGUGAUCCUUAAAAAAAUAAAAAAACUUUAGAAGGUUUAGAAUAUAUGUAGGGAGAGAAGAAGAAAAAAUACAUUUGUAUUCAGAGUUAAAUCUUAAAAAAAAAGUGUUUUUAAUAUAUGUUCGGGUUUACAUUGCUUUCUUUCCCCCACUUUUUUUUGGGGAGGAAUGUCAUUUGCUUUUCUUGGGGGAACAUCCUAGGAUGGAUGGUGGAGAGAGGGGAUGGUGGAGCCUGGUCCCUUCUGGGGCCCUGCAAGUAGAUUGGAUUUCACUCCCUGGGCUCCCCUCCCCCUCAGGGGAGUCAGCAGAGCCAAACAAAGAAAGGGAUUAACAAGAAAGGGAGAAACUGUGGGACUAAGGACUGAGGAUCCUGGGGUGUCCCCCCCUUUCCCUUGGCCUGUCCCAGGGGCAAGUAAGGAGGGGAAAUCCAGAACUGAGGCUUAGCAGGCCUAGGGAACCCUCAGAGAGGUGUGAGAUUUAAGAGAAAUAGAUUUUUUUUUUAACCAAAAAGAGAGAAAGAAGAAAAAGAAACCGAGGGGUUUAAAAGAAGAAAAUACUACAAAAUAAUAAUAAUUAUUAAUAAUAAUUCAAAUUUAUUUCAUAUAAUCCUAGAGAAAGAAAGAAAAGAAUUACUAGUUAGUAGAUGAUAUUCAGAUAGCUUAAAGUUUAGUAGCAUUGAGGGCCCCUGGGUCCAGUAGAAUGUAUAAAAGUUGUAAGGAAAAGAUAAAUAGAGGAGAGAAGUGGCUGAGUCCGCCCUGAAUCGCCUCAUCUUCAGAUAUCAGGGUUGGAGCAGGUUGAUAGUUAAGAUUGGGAGUAUCCAGUCUGGUGGGGUUGAUUCUGAGAAUCCUUGGAUUUUCAAGUUGUAGGACAAAAAGAUGAGGGGCUCAGUUCCCGGGGUCUUUGAAAAGAUGCACGCUGAUCAGUGUAAUCAAACUGGGGGUGGCAGAGAAGGCUGUGCACAUCUGCCUGCACUCUUUCGGUGGGGGUAGGGGGGCUGGCCAACCCUCUUGUCUCUGUGGGGCAGCUCUCCCAGGGCUCUCAGGGAGGAUGGAGGCUGCUCAGCUCAGGCCUCCUAAACCGGCGUCUCCCAGUCUAAAUGAGGAAGUCCUUCUUGCAGUGUAACCUCAGUCCACUUAAUUACAGAUUGAUUAAUGAGCCUGGUAAGGUAUUCCACAGAUGCACACUUCUCAUCUUCAGAGCUUCAAGGGCACUGAGGGGACCAGUCCCUCACCCCUGUUACCAUCCCACAUUCCAUUUGCUUUUGACCUCCAUGACAGCAGUGGUUGUAACGAUCUCAAUAAUUGUUCCUUAAAACUGUGAUGUGCUUUACAGAUUUGCAAAGUGCUUUAUUGUCUCAUAGAACUUAAAAUUCCAAGAAGGACUUCCCACCCAGGGGAGUGGAGUGGAAACACUGUCCUUGAAGGCCUGGGAGAAGGGGACCCCUAAGGGUAUGGAGGCAAGGAAGGGUGCAGGGACCUUGGGUGACCCCCAGGAAGCUUUCUCUUCUCCAGUCCACUUUCAUCUGUAAGUGUGCAGGUAGGGGUCAUCCACUGUGCCCUGGCCUGGAGGCACAUUGUCCUCCCCACAGAACAUUGGCUAACCUGGUUUUGCAUGUCAGAAAUCAACAUUUCUUAAGCACUUGCCUUCCACCAACCUCAGCUUGCAGCCAGGGUCAGUUUACAGCUGGCCUUUCCUCCCCCAUCCAAGGGGUGAGGAGGCCCCUUGGCUCUCCUUUUGGCAAGAGGAACCUGCUCCAUUACACCAAUGACUCUGCCAUGCCCCUCCCUGGCCCUAGACCCCAAACACGUCUCCCUCUCCCCAAUUUACUCUUCUUGCCCCACCUAGGGAGAGAUUUCCCCCUGCUCUUUUUGUCCUAGAAACCCCGCUAGUUUGGGAUGGUAGAGUCUGGGGUGGGGAGGGCUUCCCCUUCCCCACUCGAGGGUGCGGGUGGGGUGGGGGGGGGUGGAGACAGCCCUGGGGCAGGGGGAUGGUCUCGCCACUGUAGAAAGUAGAGUAGGAUUGUGGUCAGACUUAAUUUGAGGCAUCUAGUGAAGACAUGUACGAAUCCACCGAGGAAAAAGAUUUCAAAAGCAAAAUAAAGGCGGGAAAUAAAAUGGACCCAUGAAUAAUCCAGUCAAAGUGAUAUUGCACAAAAUGCAGAGAAACCAAGAAGGGGGAGGGUUAAUGUAUUAAAUGUGCUAUUAAGAACUUAAUUUUAUUAAAAGUAUUAUUACUUAA